UUUUGAAAGUUGGAGCUGAAAGCCCGAAAGGAGUCGGUUAAGACUGUUUACUGAAGGUUCUUUCACAAAAGAACACCAAAACAAAAAACCCUAGUUUAAAAAUUCUACUUGAGAAAUCUGAGAACAUAAAAAUCAAUGGAUGAUGUUCUUCAUCAAAUUCUACUUUACUCAGGCUAUACCAUACUCUUCAUUCCUCUUUUUGUCAUCCUGUUUCUUCUUGGAUCGAUCAAAGCUGCCAUAUUUUCUCCUUUUGUGUUUCUUGUUAUCAAGUUUGGUGAUGCUGGAGUGAUUAUCGGGUUAUGGCCUUUACAUCUGUGUUGGAGUGCUUAUUGUAUUUCGAAAUCGAAGAAAGUUGGUCCGUAUAUGAAAUGCCUGAUGAUUAUAAGCCUCCCGAUCCCAAUAGCUUUAUGGACAAUUAUAGGCGUAGUUGGAAGUGUCAUUAUGGGUAUUGGGUAUGCCUUUGUUUGGCCUAUGAUGGAGACAUUCAAAGCCACUAAUAAGCCAGGUUUCUGUAACAAGCUAACUGGAUGUUUGGUGGAUGGUACCUGGACAUGCGUACUGGGUGCUUGCACUAUUGUACGCGAUUUUGGAGAUUUUUCAUUCCAUUCUUACUUCUCGGUGAUGGAUGAGUUGCUCGAGGCGGAGGAUGAUGAAAACCCCAUAGAACUCAAGGUCACUCAGAUACCAGGAUGUAUAUUGGCAGCACUGUUAGGACUUUUGGUGGACGUUCUUAUGAUUCUCGUAAUAGUCAUCUAUAAAGCCCCGAUUCUGUUAUUCAAAGGAUGGCACCGGUUAUUUGAAGAUCUUGUUGGGAGGUCAGGCCCCUUCGUGGAGACUGUUUGUGUCCCCUUGGCUGGAUUUCUGAUUCUUUUGUGGCCAUUCGCAGUAAUUCUUGCUGUUUUAGCUGGUUUUCUUUCAAGCGUAGGUUUUGGAUGUUAUGCUGCUGUUGUUGCAUAUGAGGAAAACUCUACAAAGAAAGGGUUGCUCUAUAUUGUUGCUAGUGUGGCUUUGUUUGAUGAAUGGACCAAUGACCUUCUAUACCUUCGAGAAGGGUCCUGUUUUCCAAGACCUAAGUAUCGCGAGGGAGCUGAAGGCAAUUCGACACUGCAUCCUCUAAAUGGAUUGGAUGGCCAGAUUGAGGUAGUUCAUGCAGAUUAUUCUUUGACAAGGACAGCUUCUCAAAGAAUCAAGGCAUUGAAGGCUGUAGUGGUAUGGGACAAUUUCUUCGAAGCAUGUGAGGGUUCUGGCAAGGAACUUCUCAGAGAUGGAGCGAUUGAUAAACUGGAUAUAGAGGAAUGGCAAAGUUCAAAGAGCAAGAUAGUUAACAUUGGAAUUCCUGCAUAUGCAUUUCUUGGUUGCUUUCUCCAAUCUAUCCAUAGUGGUUCUGCUGGCUUUGUCAUGCGUGAAAACGUUGAAGUGACGAAUUUGAAUAGGCCCGAAGGAAGGGUUUUUGAUUGGCUGUUUGAGCCCAUGUGCGUUAUGAAAGAGCAAAUUAGGAAUCUAAAGUUAGUGGAGUCCGAGGAGUUGUUCUUGUGCAAAUUGGCUCUGUACUGUGGUGAUGCUCAGAGAAUUGAAGCAUGGCAGAAUGGUGGAAUUCCUCCUUAUGAUGAGAUUAGAAGAGCUCAGUUAGAGGGCAUAAGUAGAAGGUUGCAAGGUUUCUGUUUGACGCUUUCAAGGUUGCCAACUUUCCGGAGGCAAUUCUAUGCCGUGGUUAAUGAGUUACUUGACGAGGCGAAUAAUCAAUCUAGUGGGAACAGGCCAGUAGUUGUGUAGCUGAAUCUACUUGUUAGCACCUCUACAAAGUACAAACCAGAACAGAACAUACCACUGCGAUACUGUCUUUGGCCGAGUGCUCUCGCCCUCUGGGAUUGCACACUAGCAAGGCAAUUUUGGGAUUUCCUAGUCUGGGCCGUCUUAUAGACCAGGCCAGCUAGGCCAUUUCCUAGAGACUCAAAUCGUUGGGGCCCAAUUUUUUAAUUUUUUUACAUAUACUUGGAACCGUUAAAGUGUUAUGUAGUUAUGGCAUCGAUUAGUCCAAUUAUCUAUACUAGUUGUUGCGCCCGUGCACUGCACGGGCCUAAAUGUUUUAAAGUAUAUAUUGAUGCUGUUAUUUUUUUGGG